AUGGGACGUAGGCGAAAGAAGUGCGGCAGUCCAAACGCCAACGUAACGGCCAGCACUCCCGAUCUGGUCAUCAAAAAGAAGCAGCGGUGCGAUGACCGAGCAUCAACGAAGACGUCUGUCAUGUCGCAACACGCAUCAAGCGCCAUCAGUGAAAGUGGCACAGCGGUGAACGACAGCAACAUGAACGGAUUUGGCGAUGUGCCUGACUCGCAACCCCCGAUUGCAACCAAAAUCUCUCCUCUGAUGGUAAAAUCCAUCGGCAUAGAUAAAUUAAAGCAAGCCAAGAAGGUGAUCGAAGUCAAUGCGUCAUACAAAAUGUGCCGUGUGCGAAUCAAAACCGUUCUCACGUCCAAGGAGGACUAUCAGAAAGCCAUGCUGUACCUCGACAGGAUGAAAGCCGAAUAUUUCACCUUCAACACUCCGUCGGAAAAACCCUUCAAGGCAGUAAUUCGGGGUCUGCCCGUCAUAGACGUAGCAGAUAUCAAAUCGGAUCUGGAAUACCGCAUCAAACUCACACCGCUGGCGGUUUUUUCAAUGAAGAGACACAACAAAAAGAUUGAAUAUCGUGACUGUCUGUACCUGGUGCAUUUCAAGAAAGGCACUGUGUCACUAGGUGCACUCAAGGCCGCCAGAGUUAUCCAUGAUGUUAUCGUCUCAUGGGAAGGAUAUCGAGGAACGAACAAGGAUGUAACACAGUGUAUGAGGUUCUGA